AUGACAGAAGCACAAUGUGAUGAGAACCUUGAUGUGGAGCUAUCUUUAGAAGGUGUUGCGAGCUUCUUGUGUGCCAUCUCCUCGCUGUGCAGCUUUGGCUCUGGCAGAGAUUUUGGGUACUUGUUUAGUGGUGUUAGACUUGUGCAUGGUGACAGCGAGAGUUUGGCUAUCAAUGAAGGCACGGGUAUGGCAUGGGUCCAGCUUAGAGCACGGGUCAGAUGGUAUCAGGAUUAUAAUUUGAAUAUUCAAACAGUGUCAGCAGUGUCUCUAGAUAAUACUAUUGGUGCAUGUGAAGUAUACCACGAAACUCACACUGCACUCAAGCCGCUCAUAAACAGUGUCCACACAAAAGAAGACCUCGAUGAACUGCUGCAGGAUCUUGACGAGCUGCAGAGAAUGAAAGCUGAAGAGGCCCGCUCGGCUCUCAUUCACGACCCUCCAGUCAUUCAGCAGAAAGGAUGCUUGCGGCAUGCCUUGAGCCACCCAGCGCAACUCAAAGAGCGCAUAGCAAAUGUGGGCUUUGUUGAUGGGAGGGAUUCACAUGGCUAA